AGAAUAUGGUAAUGCAAAAUAGAAGGGAAGUUGGGAAUGAUGCAUAAGCUACCAAAUACUUGAAGGAUUUUUUUCUUCACUAAUUUUAGAUAUUUUUACAAAUACACAUUUUCUAAACAGAGAGAUAGAUAUGUAUGUGUGUUUACUUACUUGCCUAAUUACAGCACUAACUGAUGUAAUUUUCCAAAAGAUAGGAGAGUUGUCCUUAAGGAGAACUCAGAGCUUGUCAUGAACUAAGUGACUUUCCAUCCCUUACCUCUGGAGUGUUGCGUCAUUUGUCCAAUGUUAGUCUUAAAUCUAGGAAGAAUUAAGUCUUGUAGACUUUGUAAGUAAGGCUUUUCGAAUGUUUUGCUAAGGUUGUUCAAAAGCAGACCAGCUGAACUUUGACUGAAAAUCAUUACAAGUUGAUCAUUGCUUGGUGCUGAAAAAGAAAUGAGUUGAGAUGUAAAUCCAUUUCUGGUGGCUGGCUGUCAACAACAGAAAACUCCAAGCUGAAAAUCAGCAGUAACACAACAUCUUCUUUGAAGGCUUACGUUGUGGAUACUUCUUAUGGUUUUGCUUUUUCCGACAGAUGUUUCACUUUUUUUCCCAGUAAGAGCUCAGGACAUAAUCCCUGAAAUGUAUUGGAUUGCUUUGAAAGUAAAUGUUAAAGUGGGACCACAUAUAGUCUAUGAUCUUGUUUUGAACACUUAUCUUACCGACCUUUAUUUUCUCCUGCUGAGACUAGGAGCUGGAUAAUGGUGUAUUGCCUUGGUUUUUUUUUAAGUUUUUUUGUUUGGUUGGUUUGAUUUUGUUUUUAGAUCUGUGGCUCACCCACAUGUUCGUAUCGUUGUUCACUAGCAGUAAAACCUGCACUCAUGUGUAGGGUACUGAGGAAGACUGAAAGACCUGAGAACUGCUUGGCAUGGCCUGACAGCUUGUAUUCUUUUAAGUAGUGAUUGUGCCAGUAAACCAUGCUCAGAACAAACCCAAGAUUUGUGUGCUGAAGAGCUGAGCAAUGAAUAACAGGUGCCUGGGAGUCAGCAUAAGUACAGGGCACUUGUAGAGUGGUAUUUUGUGGCUGAUAGGAAUAGUGGUUCUGUGAUUUUCUGAACUAAAAAGCAUAUCUUCAUGCUUUAUUAACUUUUUAUUGCUGUGAAUUUCUCCCCCCCUCCCUUCCAUCCUGUGAUACGUGUUCAUGGAACAGAUGUAAAUAGUGUUUGUUUUUGAACUUGGUCUCUGCUGGUAUUGCUUGAUACCUCUACCAAUUAACUACCUUAUUCUUUGUUUGGGUUUUCUGAAGUCCAGUGGUCUGGGCAGAGGCCCAGGAUUAUUUCAAAUUUACAAGAAGGCAACAGUUUUCAAAUGGAAGGAGAAAUCUUCAGUGAAUAUGAUGGAAAACAUAAUCAGGGUUUUGAUCAGGAGGCCAUAAUGCUGAGAGCAGAAAAGAAAAUGACAAGGGAUGUAUGUUCUCACCAUAGAAUGUAGGAGCAGGAGAACUGCUGAGUGGUGGUGCCAUGGGUAUCUGAAUGCUAGGAAAUUUUUCUGUGAUCUCUUAGCUGCUCAUUAGUAGUGUAUGUCUCAUUGAGAGGCAGGGAGAUGGCUCUGUCUCCCUCUCCCCUUUCAGAACAUCUUUCUGUACCUCUUUCUGUACCUCUUCUCUGGCAUAUCUCUGACCCCUUACCAUUGCUGCAGCCCUUGCCCAUGAUAGUUUCAGUGGAAUACUAGAUCAGUUCAAAGGCAGUUUUUGUCUAAAAAUAUUGUACUGCUUUUUGGAUGGCUCUGCUGUAUAUCAUGCCUCUUUAUACCAUGGCCAGGCUUGCUGUGUUGAUAGUGCCUUGUGGCAAGAAGAAGUGUGCUCUGCUAACUUAGCUAUGUUAUGUUGACUGUACAACAACCAGGAAAGUCUCCUGGAAAUGAUCUUGUUGAAUACAGUGGUAACCUGUAUUCAAUUGGUCAGUUUUAUGGUCAUGUUGGUUUGGAAAUUUGUGCCACUGCCUUGAUUGUCUUCUGAUGCAAAAUGCUAAACUUAAACUGGUAUAUUUUAAUGAAUUUGCUGCAGUGGCUUUUUCUGGAACUAGAUAGAAAAGUUUUGGAACUUGUAACAGAAUACAUUGCAACUUUGAAUUGUAAAAGGGCCAAUGUCUUUAAAUUGAAAGAGAGUAGGUUUAACUUAGAUAUUAGGAAGUAGGUUUAAAUUAGAUAUUAGGAAGAAAUUCCUUGUUAUAAGGGUCGUGAGGCACUGAAACAGUUGUUCCAGAGAAGCUGUGGAUGACCCAUCCCUGGAAGCAUUCAGGGCCAGGAUGGGUCUUUGAAGAACCUGAUCUACUGGAUGGUGUCCCUUUCCAGGGCAAGAGCCGUCCUCAGAAGGUGUGUUUGUGUCCAUUCCUGCCCGUACAUCCGCUAAAGGUCUCCACCUGCUUGUAUAUAAUCCAGCAUCCAGCAGAGGAAAGUCGAGUGUUAAGGACAGUGCCUUUGCUAGCAGCUUGUCUCCCUCCAGACAAAUGUAAAAUUUUGGUUGGUCGACGUUUUAGUGAAGACAGGUAUCCUGAAUUAGCAACUGUGUGCAGGAAUCCCAAUACUCUAAUUUUAUAUCCUGGAGCUGAAGCAACCAAUUUGGAAGAAGUUGCAGUGAUGUCUCCUAGUUCAUCUGUUAUGAUCAUCAUUGAUGGAACAUGGAGCCAGGCUAAAGAUAUAUUUUACAAAAAUUCUCUCUUCCGUCUUCCCAAGCAGGUGCAGUUAAAAACCAAUCAUUCGAGUCAAUAUGUAAUUCGUACACAGCCAACAAACACCUGUCUGUCUACACUUGAAUGUGCAGCUGUUGCUCUUACUAUCAUGGAAAAGAAUAAGAGCAUACAAGAGACUAUACUCCAUCCACUUCAAGCUUUAUGCUCUUUCCAGCUUCAGCAUGGUGCCCAGAUCCAUCACAGCAAGGAACAUCUUCUCAAAAAUGGCUUAUAUGACAAGCCAAUGCCAAAGAAUAAACGCAAACUCAGAAGAAUGGAGCUUUUGGUGAAUAAUGUUAAAAUAUAAGAAAACUGUACUGACUGUGCAGUGGAAUUUAUUUGCAGCUCACAAAUGAAUAGGACUCUGGAUUUGAUCCAAAUGGUUGACUGUACUAUAAUAAAACAACUUUUAGGCCUUCAAAGGAAAGAGUUUAUCUACCAACAUGACAAACAGUAAUGGACAAGCUUUUUCAUUUUUGCAGUAGGCCAGGUGCCUUUUUUCAGGUGAUGGAAGAUCAUUCUCAUUUCCUGGAAAGAACAGAAAGAAAACUCUGAACAUAAUUUAGAGUUACGCUAUCACUUGAGUGUCAAAUACGAUCCUCAAUAUGACUGGAUAAAUUUAUUUUCGGGAGGCUUUUAUCAGUACAAAAAGACAAGAAAUAUGAAUAUGAAUGUGAUGGGACAGUAAGGCUUCAGCAUUUAGAAUUAUAUUGAAUUUCUGCUGAGCUUUUUAGCUUCAGUAUCUAAUUACAGUAGGCUUUCAAACUGUAAUUCCUUAUAUUACUUGGUUCAGAUGAACAUAAGGCAUGGUAUUUGGAUAGUUCUUUUUAACUUUGAGAUUUUUAUUUCUUAUAUUGUUAGAACUCCUUUUUGUAAAUUUACAUAUAUUUUACAAUGCAGUCAGGUUUUGUUUCUCUCAGACUUAAUUUUUAAAUUAAGCCUGCAUAUGUUUUUACCAGAAACUGAACAACUCCUAUUUAAAAAAAAAAAAAAAAGGCAAUGUAGAAAAAUGAUUUUUGGAAUUUUAACUCAGGUGCUUCACUCUUACUUGAGUAAAAACUAGUCUUCUGCAAAUGGGGAGAUCUUGUAGAUAUGAAUAUAUCAUACCCGUAUCUUGACAUGCAAUGGUUAUGCUACUAAAGGAAUUAAACAAGUCCAGUGUAAAUGGCUCUGUAAGAAGUAUGAUGCAAUGACAAAUGAUUAUGUCUGGUUACAGCCUACUAACAGGAUUACAGAUCUUAGAUUUCAUUUGUUCUUUAGGUUUUCACUUCUAAUGGUGAUAGAUAACUGUACCUCUUUCUAAUGGGAAUUGCUGGAAGCAGAAGAAUUGGGUAUUUUCACAAGUUUUCUGAAAUAAUAUUCUAUGAUCUGGAGGAAAAAACAGAGUGAAAUAAAGGGUCUGUUAUUCCUUUCUUCUUAUACAUAAAUGCCUCCUUCAUAUAACAGAUUAAAAUGCUUAAUGUUUGUCUUUACUGUCGGUCUCACUCUAGGUAACAACAUGGAGCUAAUUGGCUACUAAUUAACCUUAGAAAAAGAUGUUUUGUCUUUAAUUUAUGAGAUGCAAGGCAAGAAACUACAGAAUUGGGGGAUGUAAACACAACUAAUCAAUAUAUUAACUGAAAGCUUUUCUGCGAUUAACAGGAGAGGUCAAAAUUAGGUCAGACAUUAGCUAAGAAGUUUUAGUUAACCCUGAGCUAAUAGUGACCUUUUAUUUAGGCAUGGAUAAACAAUAUAAUUUGUCUGGAUAUGUUAGCAAAGUUUAUAUAACCUUUUUCUCUUCUCCCGGUCUAGAUAAAUCCGGUAUCUGUCGCUAUAUUCAGCAAAGCUGAAUUAGUUUUGACAAAUCUGAAGCAAACCAGUCUCAUAUGAUUAAUGAUAGUGUAGUUGCACUUUUGUUCACAUUGGAACAGAGAAAGGGCAUGUUUAUUCCUGUAACACACCAAUCUCCAGGCUAACUUGGAGUCUGAAGUUGCAAUCUCAUGCAAUUUGCUUGCGCAGCCUUGUGUGUGAUGCUGCCUCCAGUUCUGGGAUUGGCAUGACUCCUGCUGGGCUGAGAAUCUUCUUUCCCUGUGCUGUGGGAUGUGCUCAAUAACUCCUUAAGGAAACAAGGGUAUCAGUUAAGGUUUAUUGUUAAUGCCAUAUUUGCAUAUAUGGAUGAUGUUCACGUCUAAUGUUGUGUGUGUUAAUUUGAUUUACCUUAUUUUAGAUUCAUCUAGAACAGUAGUGUAUCUUUUGACCUACAUCGUGAAGAUUAUUUUCCUAAACAGAAGAUUAAAUGUGACUUUACAUAAUAUGUGAGUUUAUAUUAUAGAAAACAGAAAGAAAUUUGUAUUACAGCCUGGAAUUCAGAGCCAUCUGCAAAAUGCCUUAGAAUUACAGGAUCAGAGAAAUAGUUGUCUUAAUUGAGUUAUAAUCCUACAUUAAAUGCUCCCAUGUGUGCAGUCUGUGCAGAGUUUUCAUGUUUUUCACCAAAGGACAAAUUCUGCACAGCUUACAAUAUGCACUUUUUAGCUUUGUUGAUUCCUCUUGCUCUUUUAAUUUUGCUCCCGUGGAUAACAGGAUUUGUAGGAUCUCAUGCUGGAUGCAUGGAAGCCUUUAAUUGCUAAUUUCCUGUGUUGUACGAUACUAGAUCAAUCACUAUGCAGCAGUUGCUGAAGAAAUUAAAACCAAUUCAUUGCAAACCUCCAGGCAUUUUAUUUUUGGAGCUUUUUUUGUGUGUCCUGGCUCAGCUAUAAUAUAGUGAACAUUUAGAUGCAACAGAGCAGUCACAUGAAGUUCAGUUUUAGGUUUGUUUGAAGCUAUUAAACACAAAACACAAUACUUUUUAAAACUUUUUUUGGUGGAACUUUCAUGAUUUUAAAAAUGUGCACAGUAUAAGAGAAAGAGUUUAGAAAGUUUGUUUUCAGGUCUUUUGGAUUCAAAAUUUGCCUGUAAAUACAUUACCUCAAAGAAAUGAGUACUCUGAAGUCCAAACUCUUUUGACUAAGUUGUGUGUGAUGAACCAGCAUUCUCUGUAAGCAAUUCCAAUAGAAUGAAUUUAAUUUUCAGUUUUAUUUUUGCUGUUAUGGUAGAUCUGUUUCAUUUUUCACUUUCCGAAAGAUUAAUGAAUGAAACCCACCAGUCUAACAAGAUAUUGAUUAAAAAAGAAGGAAUGUGUUUGCUUCUAAUGUUUGGUCCUUUGUCCUUGUCCACUUUGUACUUCCAAAUAUUGCUACCAAGAUGAAAUCUGCCUUCUGUGUGCCCCAGUGUUGUGCUUUAGAAAACUGGUGACAUGGAUAUUAGGCUUUUGAACAGGUAUAUAUAUAUAUUUUUCAAAGGUGGGCGUUGUUAAGUUGCCAUAUUUCUAUAAUCUGUGAGACACAGUCUAAGAAAAAAUACAAAGCUAGAAAUCUUUUUAAGUAAGAACACACACCACAUCUCCUCUUUCAUUUAGAAAGCUUUCAUAUUAAGGAGGCGCUUAGGACAAACAUAAAUGUAUUUUUCUUCAACGUUUUACUUUCAUUGCCUCAUAACCCCAUAGUACCAAUAAAUUACUAUUUUAUUAGGGUUUUUUUGAGAUAAAAAACAACCUGACUUCAAAAAGGGGAAACAUUAUUUUAAGACUAAGGAAUUUUUUCUCAACUGCUACAUUAGAUAAAAAAUUGCUUAUGCUGCAUUAUUUUGUACAACUUCCCUGCUUGUUUUAAAAUAUAAUUAAAAACUGAACGGUUUAAAAGGGA